AACCUCCAUUCAACUGACGAGAGAAGGGUGCUCGACUUUUGGAACAAGUGAACAGAUGAUGCUCCCGCGCUGCAACGGGGCCCUCCGUGUAUCUCUGAGGACCUUCUCCUCGUCUGCCGCGACUCCCCCAGGAACACCUCCGCCGCAGACAAAAACCAAAUUCGGACCUCUCAAGGAUGAGGACCGUAUCUUCCAAAACCUCUAUGGACGUCACGACUGGCGUCUCAAGGGUGCCAUGUCCCGAGGAGACUGGUACAAGACUAAGGAAAUUGUCGAGAAGGGAUCGGAGUGGAUCAUCAAUGAAGUGAAGACUUCGGGAUUGAGAGGCCGGGGAGGUGCUGGUUUCCCGUCGGGCUUGAAGUGGAGCUUCAUGAAUAAGCCUUCUGACGGACGCCCAAAGUACUUGGUCGUCAAUGCGGACGAGGGAGAGCCUGGCACUUGCAAGGAUCGAGAGAUCAUGCGUCACGAUCCGCAUACCCUCGUCGAAGGGUGUCUCAUCGCUGGUAGGGCGAUGGGCGCCCGAGCGGCGUACAUCUACAUCCGUGGAGAAUUUUACAAUGAAGCGUCGAAUCUCCAAAUCGCAGUCAAGGAAGCCUACCAAGCAGGUUUCCUGGGGAAGAACGCAUGCAACAGCGGCUACGACUUCGACGUCUACGUUCAUCGUGGUGCAGGAGCUUACAUCUGCGGAGAGGAAACUGCUCUUAUCGAAUCCCUCGAGGGCAAACAAGGGAAACCCCGGCUAAAGCCCCCCUUCCCCGCCGACGUCGGUGUUUUCGGAUGUCCGACUACUGUUACCAACGUUGAGACGGUCGCUGUCGCUCCGACCAUAUGCCGCAGAGGAGGUGCCUGGUUCGCUUCCUUCGGACGAACCCGCAAUAGCGGCACGAAGCUCUUCAACAUAUCAGGCCACGUCAACAGUCCGUGCACUGUCGAGGAGGAGAUGAGUAUUCCGCUCAAGGAGCUCAUCGAACGCCACUCGGGAGGAGUGAUCGGCGGAUGGGACAACCUGCUCUGCGUCAUUCCCGGCGGAUCGUCCACGCCCGUGAUUCCGAAAUCGGUUUGCGAUACCGUACUCAUGGACUUUGACGCCCUCGUGGAGGCUCAGACCGGUCUUGGAACAGCUGCAAUCAUCGUGAUGAAUAAACAGACCGAUAUAAUCAGAGCCAUCCACCGUCUCAUCGAGUUCUACAAGCACGAGUCAUGCGGCCAGUGCACUCCCUGUCGAGAGGGAGUGGGAUGGAUGAACAAGAUCAUGGAACGCUUCGUCAGAGGUGACGCCAGAGUGGAAGAAAUCGAUAUGAUUUAUGAGAUUUCCAAGCAGAUAGAGGGACAUUCUAUUUGCGCUCUUGGAGACGGAGCUGCGUGGCCGGUCCAGGGCUUGAUCCGCCAUUUCAGACCUAUCGUUGAGAGCAGAAUCGCUGAUUUCCAAGCACGAGCGCAGGCUAGAAACCAAUAGAUCUUCGUCUGGCGCCUCGCUGCGCCAUACCUCACUUGUUUAUGUAAAAAUGAGAAGCUCGAGUCGAGAUAAACUAUUCCAGUUCACUACACGUCAGAA